CUCUACCCGCAUACCGGUACACGCCAAGAGAGCAUAUACCCCCACCAGCUCCAAUCACUGUUGCAAUUGCAAUUCCUUGCUUAUCGUGCCUUCUCUUCUGCUUCAUACUUUUGCAUUUGGCUUCUUGUUCUGCUGUUAUCGCCAUUGCGAGAUGUCUCAAGACGCUUCCUCCGUGCCAUUUGUUCCCGUUCGGAGUACCUCUCGCAGACAAAACGGCAGUCAUCCCGGUGGUCAUGCGCAGUGCUCUUCCGAUCCGGGUUUCCAAUCGCAACCCCCGCCGCAUAUACCCUGGUCAGCAAUUGUCAACAACGGUACCGCUGCUCAGGACGAUACAACACAAGCCCAACACGGAAAACACUUCUCUCAGUCUACCGUUGGAGCUGACCUUGCAGCUUACUUAAAUGGUCAAGACAGUGAGUUUCAAGAUGGGACCUAUGUGCGUGCGAAACCGCCCGUGGAGGUGCUUAACGGGGACACGAAGCAUGACAGACGCGUUAAGCUUUCUACGGUACUUAACGCUGUUCUACAUGUUGGAGGAGGGAAGAUAAGGGGCCGGCUUGUUCUGACCAUCAAGGACUCCAAACGUCAUCCAGUCAAGAUUGGUGAUCUUGCAUUGGACCUUGUCGGUGUUGAGGUCCUUCCUCAUGCAUCGAAGCAAGGUAUAUUCUUCAGCAUCACUUCCCAUCUCAUCACGCCAAAAUCAAAUCCGGCUCCUGGAAACUUAGUGCACGCGUACACUGGCUGUGAUGAUCAAGGAUACUGGCUGGCCAAGACCGGCACUCAAGCACAGGCUUUCGAGCUCCCACUCCCACUCAAUGUCGGCCCGGGAACAUUUUACUCGGAAGAUGCAGAGAUCCGGUACCUCCUUGCAGCCACUCUCCGCUACAAAAGCAAUGACAAGAUCUCCGUUGUUCGCACGGUCACAACUCUGCUCCUCUAUCCGUGUCUGGAUCCAGAGAAGGCUUUGCUUCCACUCGAGUACCCCUUGAGGAGCACUGAAGAAGGUCGCCAACUUCUCGGUGGUCAAGGAGUCGUGACAUUGGUUGCUCAGAGUCACAGGACGACAUGGAUUGCCGGUCAACUGGCGUUUGUUGAGCUCCAUAUCUCGAACCAGAGUGCCCGCACCAUUCGUCACGUUCAGAUGAAGCUUGUUCGACAUGUCAUUUCCUUCAAGCGCCCUGGAGCAUUUUCUUUCAACCGACCGGCUGGGCAGCUCCGUGUGCCGGACAGAAUCAAGACGCGUGUUGUGUCUUCCACUGCAAUACAUGCGGGUCACGAGACCGACCUCCCAGGUUACCGCUGGAGGGGCGUUGCUCCGAAAAGUAUCGACUCCUCAACGCUGCGCAUCCAGGUUCCUGGUGAUCAGCUCACUGUGAGAGAAGGCCGGUACUUCGAAGUGAAAUACUUCAUCAACAUCGCCGUCAGCGCUACCUUAAGUCACAAUGUCCACGUGCAGAUCCCCGUUACGAUCGUCAAUAUUCUGAGUUUGGACACCAACCCGGAUGAUCUGUUUGAUGUGGCGGCCGCUAUCCGUCGUGAGCGUCGUCGCUUGUCGCAGCCCAAUAUGAAUGAGUCGGCGCAGAAUAGUCGGGUUCUUCCACGUAUGUCAGCUCAGACGUUUCUUGCUGCUCAAGCACCUGCACCGGCUGAGCUUACGGGCUCUCCGGCCAUUCGGUCUCACACUCCAAUUGAGCCGGCCGCGGAGGAGGCAAAGGAAGUCGAAGAUGGUGGACCGGAAGAUGACUCGAUUUUGCGCUUGGUAUUUGCUGCCAAGACUAAGCCUUUGGACAUUAAGCGUCUUGACGACGGCGAUGGCACAAAUCGCUUUCUCAUCCCCGGACGUAACGGGGUGGUAGCUGUUAGCGAUCCCCGCGAACCCCCUGCUCAGACCUAUGAGCGGCGCGAGGUAAGUGCAGGUGGGCAUACGAGAAGAGCGUCUAAUAUUGCGCCUUUUGCGAAGUUGCGGCCGAGCUUGGAUGGUGAGGAUGAGUCGCCGAGAACUCGAAGGAUCCGCCGUACCGCUUCACUUGAUGUCAGCAAGAUGCAAGGCGCAACCCAGACGUUGGACAGGAUCUUCGAGGGUGGAAGUGACGAUAACGACGUGAGUGGAGACUUGCGAAGAAGUCGGUCGCUCGACAAAGGGCGUCGGACUUCCCUGGGUAUGGGCCUUCAUCUGAGUCAACCUAUGUAGCUUUCACCGUCUCGUACCUGUAUGUCUUGGCUGACCAUUUGCAGGUCGCCGUUGAUUGAGGAGACGUCGACAAUGAGCGACCGUUAGUCUGUUGAAGAGUAGACAUAUGGGAAGGCAUACAGCUACAGAAGUUGUCGAUUAUAUGGUAGAGCUUUCAGUAUCUUUAUAUUAUUGGUCAAGAAG